CAUAAGUUGUUGUCUUUUCCAGUGAGUCCAUCAGUGUUCCCAUGAUCCCUUUGGGAUUGAAGGAGACCAAGGAGUUGGAUUUGCUGGUUCCACUGAAGGAUUUCAUCAGUGAACACUAUGGAGAGGAAGGUGUCCUGUUUGAGAAGGAAAUCAAGGAUUUCAUGGAGCUGAGGCAGGCCAUGCGCACCCCGAGCCGCAACGAAGCCGGGCUGGAGCUCCUGAUGGAAUAUUACAACCAACUGCACUUCCUCGACAGCCGCUUCUUCCCUCCCACCAAACCCCUGGGGGUCUUCUUCCACUGGUACGACUCCCUGACGGGGGUGCCAUCCCACCAGCGGGCCCUGGCCUUCGAGAAGGGCAGUGUCCUCUUCAACCUGGGGGCCCUGCACACCCAGCUCGGGGCGCGCCAGGACCGCGCCACCCUGCCCGGCCUCGCCCAGGCCAUCGACGCCUUCCAGAGGGCAGCGGGUGCCUUUAACUACUUGAAGGAGAACUUCUCCAACGCUCCCAGCCUGGAUAUGAGCGCUCCUUCCCUGAACAUGCUGGUGAGGCUGAUGGUGGCCCAGGUCCAGGAGUGUGUCUUUGAGAAGAUGACUUUGCUCCGUGCCCAGAAUGACUUCCUGGCCCGGCUGCAGCUCGCUCAGGAGGCAGCAAAGGUGGAGGACGUCUACUCGCUGGUGCACCAGACCAUGACCCAGCCCCACGUGAAGGACUAUGUUCCCUUCUCCUGGACCACCAUGGUCCACGUCAAGUCGGAGCAUUUCAAAGCCCUCUCCCACUACUUCGCUGCCAUUGCCCUCUGCGACUGCCCCGUGCCCUCGGAAUCUGAGCUUCCAGAGCAGGAGAAGGCUUUCAUGCAGUUCCAUGUCACCACGCCGGAGGGACCAUCGCUCCGUGUCCUGCUGCAGGAUCCCGAGGAGAGGAGGAAGCUGGGCAAAGCUCACCUGAAAAAAGCCAUCAUGAAGCACGAGGAGGCCAUGAGGAUCCACGGGUUGUGCAAGAUCCUCAGGAAGAUGGACAUCCUGCAGGAGGUCCUGUCCUUCGCCCACAAACGCUCCCUGAGCAAAUACUCGGAGAUCGACCACGAGGAGGAUUUCUUCGAGACAGGAGAUGCCCCAGACAUCCACCCCAAAACCCACCAGAAGCCCGAAAUCAAACCCCCCAACUUCUCCCAGGUGAAGGUGACCGACCUCUUCCACAGGCUGGGACCCCUGUCGGUCUUCUCUGCCAAAAACAAGUGGUAUCCAGCCAGGAGAGUCCACCUGAGGAGGGGGGAGAACGGAUUUGGGUUCACCCUGAGAGGAGACUCCCCCGUCCUCAUCGCCGGCGUCAUCCCGGGGGGCUGCGCUGCCGCAGCCGGGCUGAAGGAGGGGGAUUACAUCAUCUCAGUCAAUGGCAAGGACUGCAGGUGGGCCAAGCACGCCGAGGUCGUGCAGCUCCUCAAGAGCACCGGCGACGAGGGCGUCGACAUCGGGGUCAUCACCCUGCACGGCUCCCAGGCCCCCAGGGCUCAGGUGGACAAGAAGGUGGCAGGGAUGUCCUCGGGGAUGCUGAAGAGCAACAAGGAGAACAGCAGGAAGAGCCUGAUGAACAGCAAGAGCCCCAGCACGCUGCUGGUGUGGAGCAAGAAGAGCAAGCGCAGCAAGAAGAGCACCUACAGCGGCGUCCCCUUCACCGCCGUGGGGGACAACGAGGCCAUGUACUGAGGGGCUCACCGGGCUCUUCUGUGUCCCUCCAGCUCCAGGACUGGCUAUCUGGGAAGUCUUGGAAGCACUGAUGACCUGGCUGGGCUGUGCCGGUGUCGGGGCUGCCAGGACCCCUCGCCCCGGGGGACGGAUCCUCUUGGAAAAGGACUCCUCUAUCUCCCAGCUCUGGACUCCUCCAUGUCCCAGCUCGUCCCUCCUCAGCAAAACAAGGGGAAAACCCUGAUUUAGUCGUGGUUUUUAAUCGGUUUUUUGUUGCUCUUCAGGGGUUGGGGGGAGCUUUGGUCUGAGCAGGGCCUGGUUUGUGUCGCCCGCUCGGUGUGAGGUGCCGCCAAACCCAGCCCUCAGCCAUUAAAGCAAAAGCUGUGACCUCCUUUAGCAUCUCUUGGGCUUUCUCAGCGAGGCAGAAGAUGACACCACUGCCAGAGAGCUGCUGGCACAGCUGAAUCCUUCAGCAGCUCCCCUGGGACCCCCCUGUUUCAGGAGAGGGGACCCCAUGGGCAUCAACAACUCAUGGUGACCCCAUCAAGGGGUCGCAGCACUGGCUUGUGCAUCCACCCCUUAGAGAUCUCCCAGUGAAACGGGGUAAAAUUAGGAUGGUUUGACCAUUUUUAGUGCUUUUUUUGGGGGGUGGUUUUUUUUUUGUUGUUGUUUUUUAAAUAAACCCCCAAGUUGGCUCAGCAAAUCCAACCCCAGCUGCACAUUCAGCUUCUUUGGAAGAAAAGGGAAAGACUUACCAUUUGUUGUCUGGCUUUUUUUUUUUUUUUUAAUCAGUAGAGGUGGAUUGGCCUAAAUAUUCCCUGAGUAGAUUAAUAGCUGAGAGCCUUGGGUUGGUGGUUUGUUGUUUGUUUUUUUUUUCCUCCUGGCAGGAGAUUUAAAAUUCCGGGCAGAUAACUCCUCCAGAUUAUUAAACUACUAAAUUUCUGCUGCUAUUGGAUCUUGCACACGUUGCUAAUACCCUCACACUGUGCUGUCAGCACUCCAACCCCGGGGCUGAUGCAUCCAUGCAUCUUGCUAAUUGUACUGGGAAUGCCGGGAGGCUCCGAAUCCGCGCUCGGAUCCGUUGGCAAAAUUUCCUCUCCGGCUCCUUCCUGCCUUGGGUGUUAUUUUUCCUGAAGGCUUAAAGAGCUCUGUCUGGUCUUCAGGCCUUGGAUGAUCUUGGUAGGUAUAAAAUACCCUUCAGAGAGAGGUUGUGGUUGUAUUUUUGUACUUGGGAAGUCGGGAGGAAUUUUGGGUUUCAGGAAGAGAACGUGGCGGGGAGGGGGGGGACGGAUUGUUGCCACGGCACUUCCUUGAGAUUGGGACUUCUUCUGAGUGACUCAAUCCCCCUGUGCCAAGCUCCUAACCCUUUAUUUAAGGAAAACUUAAAGGAACAAGGCCAGGUUGGGCAGGGCUUAAGGAGAACUUAAAGGAGCAAGGCCGGGUUGGACGGGGCUUGGAGCAACCUGCUCUGGUGGAAGGUGCCCCUGCCCACGGCGGGCUUGGAAUGAGAUGAUCUUUAAAGCCCUUCCCAGCCCAUCCCAUGAUUCUGGGAACUAAAGGAGGGUUUGUAGCUCUGUGCUGUUGACCAAGAAGCCUCUCCCCAGGCUGAGGCAUCACCCACAUGGAUCAUGGAUCCACCACAGGGCCAUCUGGCGCAGUCGCACUUCCCACGUCAUCCUCCCGGCUGCCCGGCGUGGGAGCGCCAAGGAAGGGAGGAGGGUCAUGGAAAAGGCCACCUUGCCCUUCAAACAUCCUGGCAAAGCUCCUCAAAGCUUCCCACGCUCCUCAACGUGCUGCAGGCACGGAUGUCUCCAAGCUGGAGAUGGAUUUAUUUGGGAGAAGCCGUCGCGAUCCCAUUCCCGCUACCCAACAAGCCGAGGGGUUGUGUGGUGGGAGUCGGAUCAUUUCCCAAACUCUGGUGGUUUAUGUGGGUUUUUUUUAAUUUGUACAUGGAUUCUCACCUUUUAUGGAUUAAAAAGCACUGAUUCA